AUGUAUCCCUCUCAAACUGCAGCUUCGGGCGUUGGGGGCGAUGGCGACGGCUCCACCGUAAUUGCGGCACACGGUCGCCUUCCAAAAAUUUUGACUUUUGAGGUCAACCCGCAGGAAAUAUGUUUUCGUGAAUUCGAGCCACACAAGACGUACGAGUCACCGCUGCAUUUAAAAAAUAUGACGAAAGAGACGCAGUUCGUACGGGUGAGGCAACCGCAAAGUCGGGUGUUGAAGCUGAGGCCCCCGCGGCGCAAUGUGACGAGUGUGAAGGUUGCGCCUGGUCUCACUGUCACGUAUAAAGUGCUUUUCACACCCGAAGAGAGCCGCAACUACAGCUGCGAUCUCGUUGUUACGACGGAGAGGGAGGAAUUUACAGUCCCGUUGCAUGCAAUAGCGAGCCGUGGUCAACUGACGUUGCCGGAGUCUUUUACAGUGGCACCGUGUCCUGUAAAAAGUACUGGCACAACCAGCCUUUUUAUCCGUAAUACGGGAAAGCUAGAAUGCCAAUGGCGUGCAGAGGCGUCUUUGCCAUUUACCGUAACCCCGUCCUCUGGUGUUUUGUCUCCAGGUGGAGGGGUGUUUCCCGUAAGUGUUGGAUUUGCACCAACGAGGCUUCAACAGUACGAAUCAACCAUUUGUUUCCUUCUUGGCCCGGAGGGAGAUGUGGUUCAGAAAUUGCCUGUCGUUGGAAAUGCGGUAGAGGUGGAGGUGGUGUUGGAGCAGAAUACAUUAGAGUUUCCAGUCACCUUUGUGACGCUGGAGAGCCAGGCAUUGGUGCGUGUGCGGAAUGACAGUGGAUACACGGUUCAUUUUUCAUGGAAAUCCGAUCGCAGCUUUGCAGAAGAAAGGCGCGCUAUAGAGCAGAGUCUUCUGGGGCAGACGGAGGCUGUCACGCAUGCCGUCUUGACGAGCUCAAAAAAUGAAGCAACUCGAAGACGUCUGAGAGAAGAGCGCCGUGAAACACUUGCGGGAGGGGGGCGUGUGUUUGAUGAUGAUGUAUUUACCCUGGAACCUGUUAGUGGUACAAUCUACGCAAAGGGCAGCCAAGAGUUUAUUGUCACGUUUAAUCCACAACUUGCCAUGGACUAUGUUGCCACCGCGUAUCUUGACAUUGGUGGCAGGCGACAGCGACUCCCCCUUCAGGUGAAAGGAACGGGCAUUGGUCCACAAUGCGAACUUGAGUACACCCGUCUUGACAUUGGCGAAGUCUUUGUUGGUGCGGUGCAUGAGUACCAGGUGGAUAUUAUAAACAAGGGAUGUAUAGAGGCACGUUAUGCCGUUCUUCCACAAAAUACACUUAUGGGACGAAAAUUUGUGUUUCAGCCUUCCGAAGGCGUAUUGGCGCCCGGGACGCAAGAGACACUUUUUAUUCAACUUCAGACAGAUCUUGUGGGCCUUAUUUCUGAGACAUUUCACAUUCAUUUGCAUGGGUCUCUGGAUGAAUUGACAAUACGCAUUCGAGGAAGUGUCACAGGACCCGCGCUUCGGUUUGAGGUGGAGGAGUUGGACUUUGGUAACGUUUCAUACAAUUGUCUACACUCCCGUGUAACGCAGAUGGUAAACGUGGGGCAGGUGCCGAUUACAUUUCGACUUCGCGUCCCCGAAUCCAGUUUAUUACACGGGCUCAUUACUGUAUCUCCAUCUGAGGGCAUUAUUUUGCCAAAGCAACAAGAAGAAAUACACGUGAGUCUUGUCUCCGACAUAGUAGGGAACUGCGAGACGAUGUUACUGGUGGAUGUGGAGGGGGUUGGCGAUGGGGUGGAUUCAAUUCCUAUCAAAGCGGCAUGUCUUGUACCAACACUUUGUCUUUCCACGGAAAGGCUGCAAUACGGCACAUGUUUUGUUGGCCACGAGUACGUCAUGAAUCUGGAGGUUGUUAACAAGACCGCACUGCUUGGAAAGUACAAUUUGGUUUUACUCAAUGAGGAAGGUGUUCGGGCGGCAAAUGCCAUAGUUGUCAUUGACUCACCAGAGGGGUCACAGACCCCAAAGGUGAUUGAACCUCAUAGCCGGUCUCAAGUGCCGGUGAAACUGACCCCAUUGGCAGUUGGUGGAUUACAAAUGACUUUGUACGUACGCGUGCUGGGAUCCAAUGAGCCGCCGCUGCCUGUUUUAUUGACGGCAACAGCACGUGGCCCUGUGGUGACGGCGGAACCCAAAUCACUUGCAUUCGGUACAUUGGUGUUGCUACAGCCUUCAGAGCGAGAGUUUGUGCUGACGAAUACAAGCCCCAUUCCCGCCUUAUUUUUUGCCAAUUUUCCGGAGACGAGCAAACACAAUAGCAUCUCCACUGCCUUUUGCAUUGAACCUUCAAAGGGGGAAAUUCCUCCACACAGGAGCACAACCGUCAAGGUGACGGCACGUCUUGACGAUGCGCGGCUUUUUUCAGAGCAGAUUCAAAUAAUUGUGAGGCACGCUGAAGAAGAUCCGCUGUUUGUUUCUGUUAACGCAAGCGGUAAGGGAUAUGCUUUGGUUCCCAUUGGCCCUAUUGAGAAAAUUGACUUUGGUGACGUUUUUACUUCGACGAUGGCGGAGAAAAACAUUCUCUUACGUAAUGAAGGGAGGCGGGACGUUGAGGUGUUGUGGAGUGGCGCUCGUGCAAGGGCGGGCGGUUUAUCUCCUGUGUUCCGCAUCUUUCCUGAGACUGUUGUGAUUGGCGCCGGAAGCAGCUGCACCUUCACUGUCCAAGGCUUGGUAGAUGAGGCCGGGGUUUUCACGGAAGAAUUCCUUUUGAAGGAUAAGAAGGAGUUCCGACUGAUAUUCACCACAUGUGUCACUGGGAACUUUGUUUUGCCUGUCAUUGCCUACAGCAAGAAACGGAUUGUCUUUGAUUACGUCUACGGCGCAGAGGGUGAAACGGGAAAUACGGUCAUAAUGAAGACGUUUACCAUGAAGAACACAACAACUCAAUCUCUGGAUGUGACACUCAAAUGCGUGGAGAAAUCAGGUGAGGCAGCUUCUCCAUUCACGUUGGUCAGCCCAAAAUCCUUCACACUUAUGAGCGGAGAAACGCAAAUUGUUGCCGUCAACUGUGACGCCUGCUACCGUCACGACAAUGUUGCUCACACGGCGAGGGGUAGGAUAUUGGUUGCAUUCGCCAAUCAUCCCUUCAGUGAGUAUGUGAGCUUGUUGGCCAAUAUUGCAUUCCCAUCCAUCCGCAUUGAACCAGAGGACCGGCAAGUAAAAUUUGGCUCUAUUCUUACAAAUACGGAGGGACGCUCAGAGCUUACUCUUACAAACUUGUCACCUGUUGUUCCGGCUGAAUUUUGUUGGAGUAUCGAGUACCGCAGCGAGGUCCCUUCGGAGCAGCCACAAAGAGAUCAGAAGCGUUUUGACUUUGUUCCCUUUCGGGGGGUAAUUCCUCCAGGAGGAAAACGUGUUGUUGAGGCUGUUUUUUACGGCACCCGAGGUCGACAUGAUGCCACAGCAACAUGUACUCUAAAAGGGGGACCAAGUUACAAUGUGAGUCUCAUUGGUUGGAGUGAUGUCACCGUACGGUUUGAAUCCACAAGUCUUGAUUUUGGUGUGAUGCAUUACUUGGAAAGGGCGAAUAAGACAAUCUCCAUCUUCAGUCCUUCUCGCGUUGCCGUCCCAUUUACUGUGAACACUAUCGCACUCAAACAACCUGGAUCGAUAGUGGUGAAGCCCAUGAAGGGUGUGGUAAGCAAUAAAGUCGUUUUGACCGUCUCGUUUUGCCCGAUGGUUCCGGAUGAGGUUGUAGAGACAUUCUUCGUGCAGGUUGGUCAUCUUGACCCACAACUCAUCACAGUUCGGGGGUUUGGGCAAGCACACACAAUCAUGUUGUCUACUUCCGACAAAAAUGUGAAGCUGAACCGUAUAGAAGAUUCACAAUACCUUCGUUGCAUGGAAGAACUCAAGGACAAGGAGUGGGUGCCGUACCUUGAGAAGUCUGGCUUCCCGUGUGCAGCACCGAAUGUGCUCCCUGUUGUACUGGAGGCGGAGCGGCAGGCGUACUGUCGUAAUCUGCUUCUUGCAGCAAAGAACUUAACGGCGGGGGCUUCCGUGACUGAACAUAUUGAGGAAUUUCGUGCGGAUACUUCGAAAAGGGAGAGGGGUGUUCUCGCAAGGUAUGUUAUUGACUUUGGACACAUGACGCGGUUGGAUGUACGUACCAUUAAUGUGUCACUGGUCAAUACGUCCAUUUACCCCGUGGGUGUCAUACUGGACAAGCAGGUGAUGGAGUCAGGGCCAUUGUGUGUAGAGCCGCGAAAGAUACCCACAAUAUCUCCAUUUUCAGGGACUAACAUAGCACUCACUCUCUUCUUUGGCGACACUGGAAACGUUACAAAUGGUGCAAAUCAAUUGGAGUUCUUCUUGGAUAUUCAUAAAGGACCGCGCAUUUUAGUUGAGGUGCGUUGUUUUGUUGCGACGCCAGCACUAACACCGUGUGAAACAGUGCUUGACUUUGGUGAUAUGCUUCUUGGACGAGUCAAGAACCUUCCACUUCACUUCUACAACAAGGAGGAUAUACCAUGUACAUGGCGAAUGACAUUGACUGAGCCUAAGCAGAAGCCCGGUGCAAAAAACGAGACCGACACCGCGAAUCCUGUUAACCUUCCUCUUGUUGUUGCCUCCAGACGGCAGUUUAAGGUUCAUAAAGAACGAGGAACGCUCCCUCCUCAGUGUGGCAUGAGCAUUAUGGUGAGUUUCAUGUCCUUUACUCUUGGGCCUGCCAAAACCAAAUUACGCCUACGCUACGCCUCAAACCCGGAAGAGCAAUACGUGGUAUUAAAAGGCAACGUUGUGGGAGUAAAUGUGGAGCUGUCUCCAUCCCAACUGGUUUUUCCAACGGUGUUUCCAUGCCAGACCGUGAAACACUGCUUUACCAUUAAAAACAACGAGGAUCGACCUGUGGAGGUGUUUAGCAAAAAAUUUGAUGAGAAGCAUCGUGUAUGUGUCGGCAUUCUGCAACGUGCCCUGGCGACGCAAAAAUUAAACUCCGGAGGUGAAGGCGAGAUUCAUCUGCCCAUUCGAGAGGCCGGUGAUUCUCUGCCGGAACCUUUUCUGGAUUUUUUCUUUACGGAGCUUCAACGAGAGGAGCGGGCUCUUGAGUACAGGGAUGAGAAUGGGUUGGAAAUCGAUUUUCAGCGUGAAUUGCGUACUGGGAGUUGCCUCUCGUCACGACGGAGACGAGCCUCGCAGGCGCGGUCGGAGCUGCAGACACCACUGGCACGCACCCCAGAGAUCCCCGCAGGUGACGUGCCCCCAACCCAACCUAUCUCCAAGGCCAAGCCACAAAUUGUGGUCAUCACAGGGCCGCCGUUUUCAGGAAAGACAACACAAAUACGACGGUUAGUGGAGAAAUUAAACGUGUCCCAGCUUGACCUGGAUGCCAUGGUACGUGCCGAAGCUGAAUUUGACACGGCGGAGGGGGAACUUAUUCGCACCAUCCUUUCGGAGCGAGAAGAGAGUCGUACGCCCCGGGUCGUUGAGGAUGUCGCUAGAUCCCCAUCUCCAGUGGUGGCGGUGGACAGAAUUGUCAAGUCAAACGAGGUAAAAAUUCUGCAUGCACUUUUACUGCGUCAUCUUUCUACGUUAAGUUCCGUUACGGAUGUGGUGAUAGAUGAUUUCAGGUCCAUUCUUACCGAGGAUCGGGAGGCGGUACUGAUUGCCAUUGAAAGAGCGGCUUCUGUCACGGGAAGGACACUGCAGGUCCUUUCUCUUGGUGUAAGUGAGGCAACAACCGGGCUUCGGCGUAGCCUUGACGUACAGAAGAAAUGUCGUGAAAUUGCGGAGGCGGCCAUAACGUUGCCCCUUACAGAAGAGGAAUAUGAGACUCUUGACGAGGAAGGACGUGAUGCGUACAACCGUCGUCUGUUGCACUAUAACGCAUGUAAGCGGGCCCUUACUGAGGCCUCCAACGAGGUGUCACGCUAUGAGGCGGAGCUGGAAAACAACCCACAGUUAACGGUCCAAGAGCAUGCGGAGCAAAAUAUCAUUGCAUUGGAAGAACAGGAGGCACUUAUCCGGUCAGCCUCGAGAAGUAAAAAAAAUGUGUCGGAACCGCGUCGUAGGCCGCAAUGGGAAGAAAUUUCUGAACUCGAACAAUACAAGGAGCUCUACACACAACUGCGGCGCAUCGGGGGUGUGACGCAUAUUGUGGUGAGCGGAGAAGCGGAGGAAAAGGAUGUCAAUAAGGCCAUCGUGGAACAAUUCUUCUCAGGGGAUAAUGUCAUGCAUUCAAGUCCCCCUAGCCCAAUUCCAUUCUCCUUGAUGGAAGAUAAAAAUGAGAGUCUGAGUUUUUUGCCCAAUGUUAGACGCAGUGGAAUGUGGGAGCUGAUUACAGAAGAAACAAUGGGACGCACAAACACGCGAGUUGAGCAAUUUUGUUUUUUUACUGUCACACGGCGAGAAGCUUUGGUAAAAAAGACAGCGAAGGGAAGUCCCGCGCAGACGACGUUGGCAAUGGAGGAAACCGCACGAUGGAUAGUACCGCCCAAGUCAUCGGUAGAAGUCACUGUUGUUUUUUGUAGCGAUGGAUUGGGACAAAUUAACAUUCCCUUCUCGUUUGGAAUUACAGGUACAACUCAAGAAAUCACAUUGCCUGUUUUUGCGUGCACUGCAUAUCCGGAGAUUUGCCGAGAUUAUAAAAAAAUAUUUCCCUUCACGAAGCCACGUGCCAUUGCUGGAAAACGGCCAAUUCGUGUUUUUGUGAUGUCAAGGAAAACAUAUGAAUUUGGUCCGCUUAUUGUCCCUGGGGGGGUCGUCAGUGCGCAAUCGUCAUCUUUCAAGAAAAACAGGCAGCUGAAUGAGUCAUUAAGCACAUUCACUAGAUCGACAGUCCCUAGUAAUAAGGAGUCUGGAGCACAGGUUACAAUGACCUUCACGAACACCGGGAUUUUCCCUGCAGAAGUUUCAUUAUCAUUUGGAAAAGAAAAGGAACCAAACUUUUCUGUUACCCCAAACAAAUUUACUUUAAGUGUGGGAGAAACGGCAAAUGUUGUGCUUCGUGCCGCCCCUGAAACUAUUGGAGAAGUUUUCUCGACUCUUGUUGUGACGGUGCGAGACAACCCCACACCCUUGUUUGUGAAUGUCUCCUGCGUGGGUACACGUCCGGCGGUUACACUGAAUGGAAAGAAGGAGUUGCUGGUACAAUACGGACGCUGUCUAAUUAAACGUGAGGUGGGAAAAGUGAUUAACAUCGCCAAUGACAGUUUGAUGCCUGUUUGCUGGCGCAUUGCGGGGGUUGAGAAGGUUCCAAUGGAGUUUAAGUUAAGUUCUACCGGUGGUGUUCUUGAUGUGAAUGGCAUGUAUCCGUUGGAGAUUGUUUUCAAACCCACGCGUCCUGGUGUUCACAAUAUAUCACUGAGGGUGGAAGUGACAGAUGCGGAAGAGACGUUGUUUGAGUCCAUUCCUUUAACUGUUAAGGCUGAGGCUCAUGAUGUGGUGAUUGAGUGGUCAAAUCAUGUGGAUUUUAAACUUAUGCAUGUGGGUGAAACAAAGAAAGAGAAUGUACUCAUCCUCAACAAAAGCCCAUAUGAUGUGGGUUACCUGCUACGAUUGCCCAAAUGCCUUCAAAACCUCAUCUCACUUAAUCCGAGUGAGGGGGUAAUGCGUGGGUUGGUGGGUUUUAAGGACGCCUUUUUGUUGAAUGUGGAGGUGACGAUUCGCUUCGACAAGGAAGGGGAAAUCCCGGCAUCACUCGGUGUGAUUGAAGCCUCCUUCUUUGACCCCGUCAAAAAUGAACUACUCUUCCCUGUGCAAAGUAUCCCCGUGAGUGGGGAGGCAUGGUACAAUCGAUUUACCAUUAAACCAGCUUGCAUUGACUUUGGGUUUUGUGUUGUCAAUCAGAGUAAAAAAUGCUCCUUUGAGCUGCAAAACACCGGCCACUUUCCAAUUAACUUUAGACUGUUCAACUACAAAAAUGGGCCAGCGUUACUGCAGCAGGAGGAUGAGGAAGGCGUCGGCAAAAAGCAACGCAAGUCUGCGAAGCCAGACACAGGAUUUCAGUUGGGUGUCUUUACGGUGUCGCCAAGCAGUGGCACUGUUGCUGUAGGGGAAACUUUUUCAUUUCAGGUGCUUACUGUACAGAAGACACGAUCAAAUAAUAGGGAGACACUUGGUAUAUAUGUGGAUCACUGUGACCCGGAGACGGAGGCAAAAGGGAUUCCUUUUGAGCUUGUCGCCUCCACAACAACCCCUGGCAUUGUGUCCGACCUCACAUCCCUUGUGGACGUGGAGACCAUAUUUGAGGAACAACAAGUGGUGUCAAGCUAUUCUCAACGUAACAAGACGUUGCGUGCCUACGCAAGGGAUACUCGUACCUUUUACUUUGGCACUACCCUUGUUGGCAGUCGGGUGGAGGAGCGAUUCCGAAUUGCCAAUUCCAGUCCGCUCAUGUGCACUGUAAAGCUGCAGCUUUUGCCGCAAUACCCACGGGAGGGGAAAGAGAAAGAGCGGGACAAGAAGGAACGGGAACCUCUCCUAGAAGUAGAUGGAUUUCAAUUGUCAAUUGAUGGGGAGCCAGAGAAGAUCAAUACGCUUCAAUUGCCGUCCUUUGAGAGUCGCUUUGUCACGGUUAGCUUUGCUCCUUCCACACUACAAUCUUCUCGUGCACGGUUUGAGGCGGUUGUGGUUGGUAUACCGGAUCCAAAGGCAAGUGCUUUGGAAUUUGAACUUGCUGGCGAGGGAGUUUUGCCGUCGGUGGAGUACAUCCUUCCGCCGCGGCUCCAGACACCGUUUGCCGUUAGUUUGACAACAACAAUGAAAAAAGGAUCCAGAGUGAGAGGAAAGGAGCCCAGGAAAAUUGCGGCGCACCAAAUGGCGGAAUUUGCAACCGAGAAUAUUGUUUCCGACACGAUUCAGUUACCCGUGACACUGGUUGGAAACGCGUCGUCGAGAACGUUUACUGUGCGUAAUACAGGCGAAUUGGAUGCUCAUAUUCGUGUUUCGGCUCCCGAUGAGUUUACGAGUGACAUUAGUGUCUCGAAGCUGAGAGAAGUGUUAUCUCUUCCUCCGGGUUGUGCCGAAUCCUUUACAGUGAACUUUGCACCCACUUCAAUCGAAAAGCAUCGGGUGCGGUUGCGUGUUGCUGUGACGGAGAACCCAUAUGAGGACCGUGAAUUAUGGAUCUUGGCUGAAAGUUACUUCAAUGCCAUCAGCUUUGAAAAUAUUGACCCUGGAAGCGAGGACCAACUAACGUUGGGCCAGUGUUAUGUCUCACAGCCUGUGGAGCAUGUGAUGUUGCUGCGUAAUAACAGUCCCCAUGCGAUCCGUUUUGAGUGGAGUUGUUCCUCUUCCAUCCUUCAAUGCACCCCACAACUGGGUCACAUGUCGCCAGGUUCAACAAAGCAAUUAACGUUGCGGCUUUACACGGAUACCGUAUCGGGGGAGACCAUUUCCUCUGUAUUCCGAGUGAAGUCUAUUACAACGAUGGAAGGGGAUGAUUGGGACAAUACGCAGACAAAAUCGAGGUGGGCCGUAUUAUCCCCAGCGGAGGAUUCAGAUGCCGUGGAAAACUCCACCUCUUCAGAAAGCAAUACUCGCAAAAAUCUUCGUAAAGUUCUUGAAGCUGUUCCAGAGCCUUCGUACGAAGUCACUGGUGAUAUUUCGCUGCAAAAGACGCUUUACGUGAGCUAUGCCACUGAAUUUGCCUCAUACAAAAUAACGCUACCGAUGAGUGGGGAUAUGGAGAUUUCCGACAAUCUCACGUUCCCCUUGACGAAGAUAUUUCAGAGGCGAAUUGCCACACUUCGGGUAAAGAACACGGGUUUGAAUGUGUUGCCCUUUUCGUUUGAAAUACAUGACCCGCAGCGACAAUCGGGUAGAGAAGGAGGGAUGCCCGGUGUAUUCACGGUGGAGCCCGCCUCCGGUAAGAUCGAUCCUCGAGCUUAUCAGGAUGUGAGUGUGAUUUUUGCACCGAAGUCCAUUGAAAGUACUUCUCAGGUGCUUGUGGGCUCUUUUCCCCACAGUCUCGAGCCCAAACUUUACAUCUCGCUCCAAGGAACGGCGGAGUGUCCUUUGGUUCACUUCAAUGUGCCCGCAUCCGAUUAUUUGGUUUCCCGUGUUGAUGGUGAGGCAGGAACAAACUUGGAUCCCAACACGAUUCCACUCAUGUUCUAUUCAUGCGGUCUGAACAGUAAGUGCAGUGUCCGAUUUAAAGUCAUUAAUCCCAGCACAAAUACUUAUCGCUUUGAAUGGAUAAGCGAUCCCUUGUCGCGGCGAAUCUCGCCAUUUCGGUGUUUGACGCCUUCUGGUUCUAUUGCGGCUGGGAAACAGUAUGAAAUGGCGUUUGAUUACUUAUCCAACUCCAUCGGUAUUCGUGAGGCAAAAUGGUCGUUUUUCAUUUCGGGACAUAUGUCUGUCUCCUUUCUACUGGUAGGCAAAACCGAUGAACCCAACGUAUUUCUGCAUGUGAGUCGGGUACACUUUGGGGGCGUGACGGUGGGUAACAAGGAUGAACGUAUUAUUGAGCUGGAGAACCGCGAGAAUACAUCUUUCCCCUUUGAAUUUGACCGGACGAUGCUCAACAGCGAGGACUGCUGUGUGUGGGUGAAACCGUUGAGUGGGACCAUCCCGCCGAAGUCAAUCAUGCCUCUCACGGUGUCGUUUGCUCCAAAGGAUGAGGUUUCGGUGAACGUUCGGUUGCUUUGCCGAGUAAAGCGUAUGAGCGAUCCCUUGACGAUAAAUGUGAAGGGCGAGGGUCUUCGUAUUCAUCCCUCACUAACGAUCGAGGACGACGAUGUCGAUGAUCUCGCGGAGCCUGUCUUCGUGCCACAAUUACAGAUGUUUCAUUGUUUUUUGGGUCGUGUGCAACCCAACACGGUGGUUAAAAAGCGGUUUGUCCUUACGAACGACGGUCAGUGUUCCAUGGAUUACGUCAUGUUGGUACCGGAGCACCGAUUCCUGAAGUUAAGUCCUCUCUCUGGCACGGUGGGGCCAAAGCAGCGUGCGGUUAUGUCACUGGUGUACUUCCCCACAGAGGAGGAGAUAUUGCGCAACUUUAAAAUUCAAUGCCGGAUUGAUAAAGUGCCUGUGUACAACAUUCGUUUGGGAGCCGUCGCUUAUGUGCCAAAGGUGCAGCUCAGCUUUAUGAACCAUGAUUUUGGACCAUGCUUCAUCACGGAGUUCUCCUCGGAUUCUGUUGUAACUAAGACAUUGUCGAUGAUGAAUACGGAGGCGAAGGAGAGUGUGGCAUUGGAUUGUAUUCUUUCUAAGAAUGGCAUAUUUGAAUUGGAUGGCACCUCUUUUGUUCUUUCUCCUGGUGAGAUGCGGAAUCUUGUGAUUAGUUUUGCCCCACCCGAGGUUGGAGAUUUCACGAGUGAACUUCAAAUUACUUUCAACGGCAGUUACUCCAUCUACAUCCCACUUAAGGGGGAGGGGAUUAUUCCGCGCAUUGAGGUGCCUAUUCGUUUCAUAAAGUUGGGCGGUGCCCGUAUUGGCGAACGACGCGUGGCCGAUUUGCGAUUGGAUUGUCGAAGUCGUGCCGUUACACCAAUCUCCUUUGUUAACUGCGUGGAUGAGGCUCUGCGGGAGAAGGGCAUUUCGAUCUUUCCAAAUGAACCUUUUCUCAUGCGACCCCGUGAAGUUCGAACGGUUACGGUUUCAUUUAAGCCCACUGCCCGUAUGCCAGAGUUCCAGCGGGAGCUGCGAAUGCUUGUCUGUGGGCGGGAGAUGCCGCUUGUUGUUGUCUCGGCCUUCUGCGAGGACGCGGAGGUUCAUUUGGAUGUUCAAAAUAUUCUUUUUAAUGAUGUUGUUGUGGGCACCACGGCUUUUCGGCGCAUUGUUAUCAUGAACAGCGGUGAUAUCUCGCAGCGCUUCAGGUGGGAUCCGACACUUUCGACAGAGAGCGAAAUGAGGGUUGUCCCACCCACAGGUUUGGUUCGUGCCCACUCGGAACAGGUGUGCGAGUUUGUGUAUACCCCAAAAGAUGCAGGGAACGUCUUUAGACGCAAUGUUCGUGUGGAAUUUGAUGACGCCCCAGCCGCAACUGUCAAUGUGGAGGCACAUGCUACUGAGCGGCCCAAGGCGGAGGCAGUUUUGACAUUUUCGUGUUGUGCAAAGGCCACCACUACAAAGACGGUGCCUGUGGAUAAUCCUACGGAUGGGACAUGGACAAUAAAACCUGUCAUUGACAGCCGGCUGUGGACAGCACCCAAAUCAUUUCAAAUAAACCCGAGGAGCACCGCGUUGUUGCCUGUGACGUAUGCGCCAAUGUUUGUCUCCGGAGAGAAAGACACUGCCACCCUCUUUAUCCCGUUCCACAAUGGAGCCGCUCGCGUCAUUGAAUUGGAGGGGGUCGCCUCCCAUCCUAUGGAAGAGGGGAAGGUUGCAGUGAAAACAAUAGAAGCGGGGACCCCACAUCUUGAGAAUUUUGAGGUCUACAACAGUACGACGCAGCCCUUACGUUUUCAAGUUAAUGCUCAGUGGACCCCAGAGCUGGAGAAGGGCAUGGUAACUGUAAAGGCACCUGCGAGUAUUGAUGUUCCCGCCAAACAGAUGAAGAUCUGUGCCAUCACGUUUGUCAUACUAAAGGAGGGUGAUCUUCGUGGGACUGUGCAAUUCCGCUGUCCUGAACGUGAGGAUCAUACACAAGUGUUUGAUUUGGCGCUGCGUGUUGUGCCAAAGAAGGUAUCUUCAAGAACAGAACUUGUGGCAAAAGUACGUAAUGCCGCGAUUCAUCUUAUGCCCGUUAAAAAUCCAUUGGGAAAGAACGCUCAUGCCAACAUACGGGUGGAGAAUGGUAGCGAUGUCAUCUUUGUUGAUUCUUCCAUUAACAUUCCGCCAAAGGGUACCGUGGAUGUUCCCAUUCGCUUCUUCCCUUUGGUGCAUAAGGAGUAUCCAGUGGCGACCGUUACCGCAACGAGCGUGGAGAUUGGCACUGUGUCCUGUCAACUUCUUCUUCGUUCGAAGCCGCCGGAGCCAGAGAAGGUGACGCGGGUUUCAUGCCCUCUUGGACAGACGACUGUUUUUCCACUUCGAUUCACCCACUACUGCAAGUCAAACUGCGAGUUCACCGUCCGCUUCGGCUCCAAGGUGACCCCAUUCUCAAAGGUUGGGAGCUCCAGCAGCGUGAAAAUGCCUGGAACGACGCGUCCGGAGGGACAAGAGGUGUCAAUGGAAAUUCAGUAUGAGCCCACAGUUGUUGGUGAGAUAAAGGAAUCCAUUGAGGUUUUCUCACCUCAAGCAGGUCUUUACAUAUUCCCUGUUUUGGCAUCGUGCCUACCGCCGCAGCGCCAGGGGCCAUUCCUGCUUCGUCUGGGGCAGGUGACCUCCAUUCCUUUUCGAAACGUUUUUCUGGAACCCCUCACACUCACGUUGUCGACGGAUUCGCCCAGUUUUUUGGUGCUCAAAACGACAGAGACCGUGGCAGCAAAGAAAACAAUUAACAUUCAGGUGACGUACAAGCCGGAAGAGGGCGGUAGUGUCUCGCAGACGGGUAAACUCACCGUCUCUGGUGUGAACAAUGGAGAGACGCUGCAGUGGGUGUACUACUUGAAGUGUGGCGUCGUGGAUGCGGGGCCCUCCGUGGCCAAAGCCUCUUUUAGAGGGAGGGAGUAG